AUGGAGGAUGAGCAGACAACACGGCGGUGGUGGGGCGACGUGCGCCCCCAGGGCGCCGCCCACGCCGGGUCCCCGCGGCCCGCCUCCUUAAAGCACGGGUCACAGCAGCAGAGCCCGGCAUCAACGCCCAGUGACGCCCGAGGUGCGCACUUUGGUAGCGGCCAGCCGCCCCCGCCGCGGCAGAGGCGGACAGCGGGGUGGCGGUCAGCGAGCUGUCGGUGGCGGCCCCUGGCGGUGCUGGGGGCGGCGCUGGCGCUGUCGCUGCUGGCGGCUGACUCUGCGGCGGCCGCCAUCUGCCCGUCCAAGUGCCAGUGCGACGACGAGACUCUCGAGGCCUCCUGCACCGACGCCAACCUCGAAGUCGUGCCCAUCCAGCUGAACCCCGACGUCAAGCGCAUCAACCUGCAGGGCAACCGCAUCAGCAACGUCCACUUCACACUCGACCUCUACUCCAACUUGCGCCAUCUCGACCUGUCCCGUAACAGGAUAUCGUCGCUCGGAACGCUCAACUUCAAACUGCAGACCAAGCUGGUGACGCUGAACUUCAGCCGCAACGACAUCACGUCGCUGAGCAAGGACACGUUCAAUGGCCUGAAGUCGGUGCAGGUGCUGGACCUGAGCUACAACCAGCUGUCGUCGCUGGAGGGCGCGGCGCUGGCCGAGCUGGGCGAUCUGCGCGCGCUCAACCUGACGGGCAACCGCGUGUCGGCGGUGGGCGAGCGCGCGCUCGAGCGCCUGCCGCAGCUGCGCGAGCUGCUGCUCGACGACAACCAGCUGCUGGACGUGCCGGCCGCCGCGCUGCGCCGCCUGCCCGCGCUGCAGCGCCUCGGGCUCGCAGACAACCUCAUCGAGGCCGUCGCCGAGGGCGCGCUGCCCGCGCUGCGGGACCUGCGGGCGCUCACGCUGCGCCGCAACGUGCUCUCCUCCAUCGACCGCGCCGCCUUCGACGGCGUCCAGUCCCUCCAGAGCCUGGACGUGAGCGACAACAACUUGACGUCGGUGCCGACGUCGCAGCUGUCGAAGCUGGCAGACCUCGUGGAGCUCGACCUGAGCGGCAACACUUUCGACACCAUCGAGGCCGUGUCCUUCCAGAGUCUCUUCGAGCUGCGGCAGCUGCGUCUCAGCCGGCUCCGACAACUACGCAGGGUGGACGUGCGGGCUUUCGUGGACAACAUCAAGCUGCAGUCGGUGGAGCUGGACGACAACGAGCGGCUGUCGUCGCUGCCGCCGCGGCUGUUCCACGGCAACCCGGCGCUGGAGCGCGUGUCGGCGCGCGGCAACGCCUUCACCGCGCUCGAGGCCGAGCACUUCCCGCUGGACCGGCUGCGCGCGCUCUCGCUGGCCGGCAACCCGCUGCACUGCAACUGCUCGCUGCUCUGGCUCUGGCUGCUGGCGCGCAAACAGCGCGACGCGCCGCCGCCGCCGCCGCCGCUGCAGGCGUCCGCCGCCAACCUGACGACGCUGUCCGCCCCCGGCGCCACGGCGGGGCCCAGCCAGCAGCCGCCGCCGCCCACCCCUGCGCCCGACAUCACACCUAGACUCGACGUGGACGGCAUCCGCUGCCACGAGCCGGAGGCGCUCCGCGGCCUUCUCAUCGUCGACGUGCCGGAGUCCGACGUGCGAUGCGACGCGUCGUGGCUGGCGGUCAUCAUCGUGACAGUAGUGGUGAUGGCGCUGUUCGCGGUGACGUGCGGCCUGCUGCUGGUGAUGGGCAACUGGAAAUGGUGCCGCAAGAAGGAGGAGCAGCUGGCCGCCACGACCGACACGCACCACCACUCGCACCUGCAGAACGGCGCCGUGCUGAUGCUGGUGUCCGGCAAGGACCGUCCGCCGGACGCGCCGUCCGCGGUCGACACCUUCCGGAUAAAGGCGAAGAAGGAGGAGGCCGCGGCAGCGGCUGCGGCCGCCAUGUCGGGCGGCUUCCAGCACCGGCCGCUGCCGCCCUGCUGGGACGAGGAGCGCUCGGCGGCCGCCGCGGCCGCCUGUCGCUGUCGCAGCCUCCCUGACCUGGGAGCCGCCCCGCUAAAUGCGUCCGGCGCGGCGGUCACCUCGUCAGCGGCGGCGCAGAAUGGCGGGCCGAGAGCAGUCACUUAUCCCCGGGGCCGGCAAGGCGGCGGCGGCGAUUGA